GUAAAAUGUGGAAUGCGUCGCGUGAUGAUGACGUCGGAAGUUUAACACACGAGGACUUCUCGAGCAUUUUCAGCCGUCAUGGGGAAACAGAAGAAACAGAGAAAGUAUGCUACCAUGAAAAGAAUGAUCAGUUUGAAGGAUGCGAGGAUAAAACAACAGGACCGAGCAAAAACGCAAAAGAAGAAGAAAGAAGAUCCGUCAGCCAUUAAAGAACGAGAAGUAGCAAAGUAUCCAUCUUGUCUGUUCUUUCAAUACAACACCCAGCUCGGACCUCCAUAUUACAUCCUUGUUGAUACCAACUUUAUCAACUUUUCUAUUAAGGCCAAAUUAGAUAUUGUCCAGUCAAUGAUGGACUGUCUCUAUGCUAAAUGUAUCCCUUGCAUCACAGACUGUGUGAUGGCUGAGCUUGAGAAAUUAGGGAUGAAGUUUCGAGUGGCUUUGCGGAUUGCCAAAGAUCCCCGCUUUGAACGCUUGCCUUGCUCACAUAAAGGAACAUAUGCUGAUGACUGCUUGGUACAAAGAGUAACACAGCACAAGUGUUACAUUGUGGCCACAGUGGACAGGGACCUAAAAAGGAGGAUUCGGAAGAUCCCAGGAGUCCCAAUCAUGUACCUCUCCAAUCACAGGUAUAACAUUGAGAGAAUGCCCGACGAUUAUGGCGCACCACGGCUGUAGUACACAGAAGGUUUUUUUUUUUUUUCUUUUUUUUUUUUUUAAUGUAUCUUGUUGGGGGGGGGGGGGGGGGGGGGGGUUGUGUUUUUUGGGGUUGCUAUUUUCUCACCUUGUACCUUUUACAAGAUUUUCCCUGUGAAAUGUAUUCAGUACUCCUCCAUAGUCUUUGCCAGCCCAGAUGCCUGGCGCACAGAACAUUGAUGUAAAUUAAAAUGUGUGGGGGGAAAAAAGAAAAUUAUCUGCAAUAAAUAAAAAGAGUUCAAACUUCAGUGAUCUAAGACCCCCCCUUCUUGUUAUUAAUUAGCACAAACUUCUCAACUAUAUACACAUAGAGAACAAGUCAUUCUGAGCAGUCAUGCUUCGUUUCAUGAAUUUAUGAUGCUUGGGAGCAGUGGUGUGCGGUGGUGUUUCAAAAUGAGCAGGCAAAGUCCUCACAUUUUUUGUAUCAAAUGUAAAUUUAUGUCCGUUAUUCUUAAUUUUCCUGGUUAAAUAAACAUUACAUAAAGAGACCAA